GAACGACCAAUUACUACGAAUUCAAUUCAAAGUUCAACAACACAAACAGUAUCUAUCUACCAAUCAAAAUAUCUUUUUCGUGCACCUACCUCUUCCCAACAUCCUUGGAGUUGGUCUUGAAUCACAAACAUGCCAACCCUCUCAAAUUUCUACACCAUUAAAGAUGUAUCCGAGCACAAAGCUAAAGACGAUUGCUGGAUCAUUGUUGAUGGAAAGGUAUAUGAUGUGACAAAAUAUUUGGAUGAUCAUCCUGGUGGAGAUGAUGUUAUCCUUGAAGCAACCGGGAGAGAUGCAACUGAGGAUUUUGAAGAUGCUGGCCACAGCAAAAGUGCAAGAGAACUUAUGGAGCAGUAUUAUAUUGGUGAGUUUGACACGUCGUCUCCGAUUGCAACCAAGAAAGGUUUUUCUGAAAGUUUUGCGCAGCUGAAAAAGAAACAAUAUUUGGGACUUUCGGUAGCUGUAGUUGGCAUCUCAGUGAUUGUUGGUUUCUUAUACUUGCGGAAGAAGUAAUCCUUACACAAGUCUACAAUUCAUUCUUUUCGCAAUUGUUGCUGCUGCAAAGGAAGCAGUGCAGCAAAUUUUGUAUUGCUUGAAGCAUAGAAAAUAUAUUAUAAAAAACUGGCUUAUCACAAACAAUAAUAAUUGAUUGAAGCAUAAUGUUGCAUUGGAGGGUUGAUUAAUGUUCAUGGAUUAAUUUGUUGGAUUUGUUUUUAGAAUAAUAGCUUAUUUAGAUUAAGUAGUUUUAUGAUUUUUUUUAUUUAACUCUAAUUUAUGCGUAUAUCUCUGAAGCCCGAUUGGUGUUUUUAAUGGAGUAUCUCCUUUCAUCCAGUUUAUUUUUUUCA